UCUACUGAAACUAACAUGGCAUUCAAGGUUUUUGCAGUGGCCGCCCUUGUGGUCGUCGCUAUCGCCCGUCCAGAUAGCCCACCUACAUAUGGCUACUCUGCUCCCACACCCUCCUAUGCACCCGCUAGGUACGACUUCAACUAUGCUGUAAACGACCCGCCAUCUGGUAACGACUUCGGACAUGAGGAAGCCCGUGAUGGAGACAGCACACAGGGAUCUUACUACGUCCUUCUUCCCGAUGGUCGUCUGCAGAGGGUCACCUAUAAUGUGAACGGAGAUUCCGGUUACGUGGCUGAUGUAACCUACGAGGGAGAGGCUCAGUAUCCUACCCCAAAAGCCUCCUAUGGUCCUCCUCAGCCUUCCUACAAGCCUCCCACUCCCUCCUAUGCGUAAAGAACAGCACUAAGGAUAUUUAUUGAACUCGGGUCUUUAUGAUACUAUA